UGCUAGUAUAGUGUGGUCUUUUGACGCAUGCAUGAGGGAAGCGUUGCCAAUGUCAUAAAUUUACUUUAACUCAGUUUAAGAUCACUUAAUCAACUGCGAAUAUUCUUUCAAAUUUUCUCGUCAAAAUUGUGCUGCAGCAUUAAGGGGUGACAGUUCCAGCUCACACAGGUUUCCUAUGUCAUAGUCAUUUGUCAAUGUCAUCAUUAUGAACCACUUUAAGAAGAACAAAGGCCCUAACACAGUUGGGCAGAGACACAAUGAAGAAUUAUGGACAAGGACAGGAACAUUCGUCAAUAAACCUCAGAAAGGAUGGCUGCAUUCAGAGGAGAAAGUCAAGCAUGGAGGAGUGUGUUACGGUGUCACUUAUGUCGGAUGCAUUGAAGUCAAACAAUCAAUGAGAACACUACCCUUUGAAAUGAGGGGCCAAGUUACAAAAGAAGCCAUCUUCAGAGUGUGUGACGCAGCAGGCUUCAGAUGCAACAGAAAAAAGAAGGGUAGCAAAGCUGUGAAUAAGAUUCUGGGUGAUGUUCCAAACAUCCAGUUUGGAAGAGCUAAUGUCAACCUGACUAUCUCAACAUCUAGUAUCACUCUGACAAUCAUGGAAACAGGCCAGGUUAUUGCCAGCCAUCAGAUGCAAGGAAUCUCAUUCGCUUCAGGAGGAGAUGCAGAAACAGCAGAUUAUGUUGCUUAUGUUGGUAAAGAUCCAGUCAAUGGAAGAGCCUGUCAUAUUCUUGAAUGCCUUGGAGGUCUGGCCCAAGAUACCAUCACAACCAUUGGCCAGGCAUUUGAGAUUCGAUUCAAAGAUUACCUGAAGAACCCUCCACAGGCUGUCAAUGCUCCUGACAGGUNGGCGGAGCCGAUCUUUGGUGAGGAAGAGUCUGCAUGGGGUGAUGACCCUGAAUAUUACAAUGACAUCAGCAAGUUUACUAACCUCCCCCCACAGGAACCAUUUCCUCCUCCGCCCCCUCCUGGCCAUUACAUGAAAUGCCAAAACGUGCCAGAUAAUCACCCCUACCAACCUCUGGGUGCAGCCAAGCCCUCAGCUCCCCCAGUUUACGACAAUCGCGAGGGUGGGUUUGAAGGUAGGGAACAGUACAACAACGAGCGACAACCAGCCGUGGGUAAGCUGCUGGAUAUUGAUGAUACACCACAAGCACCAGUACUGGAUAAUCCUCUCAGUAAUCAAGUCCGCAGGGUUCACAGUCAAGACAACCACACAGGCCAAGCCAGCUCAGAAAUCACAACUGUCCAAUCAGUCUGUGAUAAAAAGGCAUCCCAAGUCAAGCACUUCAAGCGUUGUACCCCACUGUUCUAUGACAACCCCCCUCAGAAUCUGCCAAAUAAGAAAGUUAAUGAGAUUACCAAGCUCAAGAGCAAUAGCCCUGACUGGCGAGGAAUCUUGGAAGCAGGCUACGACAACUUGAGAAUUCCUUGGAACCGAAGCAGAAAGAGCAGCAAAUCAAAACCCCACAAAGGUGGCAACACCAUUUAUGAUGAGCCAAGAUUUGACACAGCUAACUAUGAUAAUCCUAAGAUGCCAUUAGUACCAUCUGACAUGGACUCUCAAGACGGGGUAUACAACAUCCCUACUCCUAACCAGCCACUUGACCUUGGCAUUUCACACAAUGGUCAGAAUCAACCAUCACCAGUUGUAGACGCCUUUGAUAUGGAACCAUUCAAUCCUGCUGCGUCAUUCCCCCGUGAACCAGUGUCAGUACCGCCCCCUCCACAAUUCACUAACUCUGCCCAGCCUCCUGUUCCCCAACCAAGAAAAUCCCCUCCUGUUCAGCAAGCCACACCCCCAGCACAGUCCCUUGCAAAACCACGGAUACCCCCUCCUCCAACUCACAAACCACCUCCCCCACCUACAUCAGGAACCCCACCCCGAAGUGGUUCUCCCAUAGUUGGGUUACCACAACGCAACAACCAGCCAGCUAAUGUCACUCCCAUACAGCCCAAGAAGUCCAUUCUUGAUGAAGAGUGGUUUCACGGUCCAAUGACUCGUAAGAUUGGUGAAGCAUUACUGGAAGAAGAUGGUGAUUUCUUAGUGCGAGAAAGUACAACCACUCCAGGACAGUAUGUAUUGAGUGGAAUGCUGAGUGGUCAACCGAAACAUUUACUAUUGGUGGAUCCUCAAGGGAAGGUCAGAACAAAAGACCGAGAGUUUGAGAGUGUAAGCCACUUAAUCAAUUAUCAUCGUAACAACAAUCUCCCUAUCAUAUCUGGUGGGAGCAAUGUUUAUUUACAACACCCAGUCCUGAAUGCUACAGCUGCAGGCAAACAUUAUAACUAACAAACCAAUCCUAUCUCCAGUGAUGCAUCUUAACAGAUCUGACUUCAAAGUUCUACCAAAGAAAAAGUUACUCUGAACCCACGUGAACACACAGCUUAAGAUAAUGACUGGACAUGUACAUGUAUGUAGAUUUCUGUUAGUACAGGUUCAAAAAAGCACGACAAAGGUCACUGGAGGGUUGGCAUUGUAUAAUGGAAAAUAAUGAGCUCUUCCAUCCUGUCUACCUACACAUGCUGUACAGACUGAAUUCAGUCAAAGCUCUUACAUUUUGUAUACCUACCCACUGAGUGUUUAUUGUGCAUAGUAUUUGUAAGACCAAGCAUACACAGAGUAAAUAAGGAAUGAUUUGAUGGGCAGAAUGCUUUCAAUUGUCUAGUGCUUCCUUAUGAUGUUGAAAAAGUUUCCACAACGCACUGAGUUGACCUCUAAGGAACACAGUACAGUGGUAACUGUAGAAGAAUAAAGCUGAUUACAUCUUGCUUUGUUUUGCUUUUGGGGGAAUCCCCUGGACGAUCAGGCUUUGAUAAUUAGUCCGUGCAUAAAAAUAAACCAUAGUUUACCUUUUUGUAAUAGAACUUACAAUUACAUGUACAUUGCUGUCAGUCUCCACAAUUGAAUGUUGAUAGAUUGUUUGCAAAUUGUGCCUAUUUUUGUAGCUUGUAAAUUUUAAUAUUCAUUUUAUGGCUUCCAAAAUCAGCCUCUAAAAAAUGCUUUUCUUUCUUGGCUGUUUACAUACUUAUAGAAAUAAAAAUACAUAUUUCAUCAUAAAAUUAACAGCUGAUGGAAGAAUGUUGGAUUUUGGCUAACUUCAAGUCACUAUUUCUGGCUCUUUAGUACAAACAAUUUCUUUGUUUAUUUUUCCAAAAAAGAACAUUAUCAUCUUGGAAACAUUGCAAGGCAUCAGGUAUUUAUGAAUUCUUUGACUUGGAUUGCACAAAACAGAAGGCAAAGAUAGGCAUUUUGUUGUUCACAAGUUUUGGUGAAACAGAUGACAACAGAACACAUUGAUUGUUUCAAAGAUGGAACAUUUCAUCUCUUCACAACAAAAAUGGGAAAAGAAAUCAAGAAAUAUUUGUCAUUGCUGUGCUGAGGAUUUCAAUCACUUGGUUGUCUGCAGUAAGCCUCACUUGCAGGCAUGCAACAUUUCCUUGUAUCGGUAAAUGUUCAGUUUUAACUGAAAAACACUAUGAUGUAACAUUUUCAUGAACGCCUGAAGCUAGGUGUAUGGGAUGUACGUUGUAGGGUUGAAAUCAGUAACGUGCAGCAAGGGAGGGGAAACCCCCAUCCCUAGACAUCUCGACCCCCAUUUAUUCUCAGGAAUUGAAAACAGCAACAUAUUAGAAAUGUCAGAUUCACCUUUCGAGGGAGGGUGAGGAUUCUUUUAAAAUGAAAAGAUAAUUGGACAAUCAUUAAUUCAGCUAACUGUCAAUCCCCCUGCUCCAAACGGAUACACCAUUGGUUCAGGUGCUAUACAAACAUGUCUGUAAUUUUACCAUAUUGCCAGUAAACUCUGUGCUAUGUACGUUUUGUUUCUUGUUUGGCUUCCUUGUGCGUUGGGAGAUCAGAUAAAUGAUAUUUUCAACUUUGAAGUAUGCUCAGUUGUUGUCAACAGUUGAUUUGUAUUGACACUGCCCGUCAGAGAAGUGUUUUAUGGGAAUGACUUACCAGGAAAUUGUCUUUAUUUCAUGUUCAUAUGUGUAUACAUGCACAUGUAUAUACUUGUCACUGAACCACUUUGGCUUUGAUAUAUAACUUAUUUGGUUAAAAUAAAAGUGGCAUACAUUACGACAAUAAGGAUACUGGAUCAAAGAAGAGGGAAGAAGAAAUGGUUUUGAAAAUGAUAAUCUUGUGAUAAGACACAGACUUUUAAGAUUUAGCCACAGUCAGUGUUCUGUCCAUGGUGAUAAAUCACUCUUGCAGGAACAAGUGUUAUUGAAAUAAACUUGUAUGGACAAAGCUUGUGGUAAGCGGACACUGUUUCCUAAAACAAUAUGAAAUUAUGAAAUUUCAAAAAAGGUACUCUAAUAUACUACAAUUUUGUGCUUUUUUAUGAAAGCUUGAAAUCAAGUCUUUAAAGUUGUGUUUGAAGAAGACAGUAGCAACAGUUCAUUUUUUAUAGGAUUUCCUGCUCUCUUAGUCCAUUGCAAGAUAAAAGAUCAUACAUGUACAAAAAUUAUAAUUAAAGUAUAUCUCUCUAGAAGAAUGUUUGUAUUUCAUUGAAACUUUUAAAUAUGAUCAAUUGUAGUUUUGUACUUUUAUUCUGAGAACUGUUCUCAUUCGCUGCAUAUCAAGAAGGAAUUUGUGGAGGAAAACGAUGAGAAGCUAUAAGGAGAAUGUACAUAUUAAUGCUGAGGACAGUUUGCUGUAAGAAGCUUAAAAGACUAGCUCUGAGGAAAUUUUUCUGUAAUCGGCCAUUUACGCAGCAAAAGCAUUUCAAAACAUUUAUUGCCUGCUGAACGAUGGAGGGGUUUUAGCUGUGGCAUUUCCCAAAUAUUAAUCACUGUUUAUAAACUAGCAGCAACCAUUCUGUUUGGAGGUUCAGUUUGUGUCACAUUGUUCUGAGCAUUGCCUAGAAUUAAGAGGAAAUGGAGUCUCUGUUGGUAGGAAAAAAUAAAUGAAUUAGCAGCUUAGAAUACAGCAUCAUAUAAAAAAUUUUGCAAAGAUUUUAUAAAAGACAAUUCAUACUUCGUAAGUUCUGCUUGAAGAAAUCUAUCCUUCUAACCACUAUGCAAGCUCUAUACCAAUGUUGAUAAGAGUGUAGAAAUUGAUGGCAUAUAUAUUUUACAUAUUCAUAUAGAGGUUUGGUGUAAAAAGGUCUAAAAUGGUUGUAGAUUACUUCUUGUGUUUGUGGUUUGUAAUUAUUUGGUUUUGUCCAUAGUUUCUGUGGUAAAUCCAUUCUCAGUCCUACGUCACUCCACAUCUCAUAUUUUGAUGUAAUAUUUUACAGUUUAUGCAGUUAUGUUUAAGAAAUGCUUCUGUGUCCGGAAAAAGUAAACUUUGUUCUUUUUAAUGUCCUUGUCAGCCCCCUUCAUUGCAACUUGCCUUGUUCAGAAUCACAAUUGUUAAACAUUCUCAUUAAACCUGACAGUUUGUUGUAGAAUUGAUUUAUUUUACUUGCCAAAUAAUUGGAUUGUUAAUCCUGUUUUCAGAUAUUCCAAAACUUUUCUUCUGAAUUUAGUUUUGCAUCACUUAUCUAUGUCUGUGUCUGUUUUCUUUUUUAUCAUAGUUUAAUGGAAAUGAGAGUUGAAGUGUAGUGUGCUCUUCAGCAAGGAUACAUGUAGUUCUUUUGUAUUGUUGAAAAAUGCUUUCAAUAAAUUUGUAAAUAUUUCAGUAUUAACAUACUUCGGCCAGUUGUCACCAUGGAAAUGAAUUUAUCAAGUAUAACUAAAAUAGAAGAGAUGAAGACAAAAACUGUGUCAUCCAACACAACACUGGAAGCAGAUUUGCUGGAAAUGAUGGCACAAGUGACAUACGACAGAAUCACAUACAUGAUCACAAGUUAACUUUGGUGUGCAUGUCAAGGUUAAUUCAACACUGGUGCGUAAUACAAUAGA